CCCGCACUACUCACAGAUGGAUGCGAGAUAACAGGCUCAACCAAGAUGUCUGCCUCUACUGCCAAUUCGCUCGCAUCAUUGCUCGCCCAGACGUCAUUCGAAGAUCACACAGAGUUGUUGAAAGCCGCCAAUGCUGAAAUCAAGAAAUCCAAGUCGGAUCUGAACGCUCACCAUGUGAGGGUAGUUGCUCUGCUCAAACUCGAUCGAUUUGAGGAUGCAGCUACUGUGUUCAAGGAUGUAGAGGCUCUGCGACAAAAAGCCCCGUUCGAAUACGCCUAUGCGCUAUACAAAACAGGGGACGCCGGGAAGGCUGUCGAGGUCGCGCAGGCCCAGAGCGUCAAGGGAGACCGUGGAAUAAAACAUGUGCUGGCCCAGGCUGCCUACCGAUCAGAGAGCUUCGCGCAAGCUAUGAACAUAUACCGAGAACUUGCCAGCCAAGGUGUAGAAGACGAAGAGUACGACAUUCGCAUCAAUUCGGGGGCAGUGGAUGCGCAAUUGGAAUGGGAUGGCCAAGGCGAACUCGCGCAGAAGAAGAAGCCUACGAGGGAGGAUCUCGAAGUGUUCGAAACGGCAUAUAAUGCGGCUUGUGGGAGCAUAGCGCGGGGUGAAUUGGCGCAAGGCGAAGUGUGCUUGAAGAGAGCCAUCAGCCUGUGUAGUGCGCUCGAGGAUCUGUCCGACGAGGAAAAAGCAGCCGAGAUUUUGCCUAUGACGGUACAGCACGUCUACAUAUUGACGCAACUAGGAAAGAUUGAAGAAGCGGAGCAGUUGGCCGCUACGAUUUCCGUCCACGAGAUCAAGGAAAUAUCCACCCGCUAUAUUGCUCAAGUGAACAGUAUCGCCGCUUCCAAGGAUAUUGCGAAUCCGUAUCUCUCGCACCGCCUCUUCCACUCCUCACCAGUUCCCUCCAAGACAGAUCAACACUUUUCUUUCCAAUCGAAUCUUCUAAAGCAAGAUGGAUACGUCAUGUCCCUUCUCUCACAGAAGACCGACGGCGUGGUAUCAUCCACAGAAAAGGUCAUUUCUGCGGCACCAACACCUACGCUAUCACCAGCCGUGAACAUGGCUGCUGUGCUCAAUGCAGCAGGCCAUGCAAGAAACGUUACUAGCGAGAAGGCCGCGCUAAAAGAAAUAUUACCUCUCCUCGAAAAGCGGCCCUCGGAUGUAGGUUUGAUACUAACUAUUACACACCUCUACGUAUUGAUGGGCAAUUACGCUGCCGCUACUCAACUGUUGGAAACCUUCUUCAAACGUCUCGAGCAAUCGGGCACAGCGACUGACCUCGACGUCCGUUUCGCCCCUGGUCUGAUCGCAACCCUUGUCUCCCUCUAUACACAGCAAGGCCGACCGGGCGCCUCGCGCUCCGAAUUAGCAAAAGCAGCAGAGUACUGGCGCAAGCCGCACAAGUCCGAGACAGCAGCCCCCUCCAAGGCUCUCAUGGUUGCUGCCGCCACCGCUCUCCUCGACACGCACAACGCAGACAACACAAAGCUGGCUGGUGAAAUAUUCAAGGGCUUGCACGAACAGGACGAUGAGGACCGAGCCGCCAUCGCCGGCCUGGUCGCCGCAUACUCCAUCACGGACCCGGAAAACCUCUCGCAGGACCUCGUCGCAUACCUUCCCGAGCCCUCAAGGCUCAUAUCGGACAUCGACGCCGCGGCCCUUGAGGAGGCCGGCGUACCCAUCGGUACUCUAGCCACCACAUCAGUUGCACAAAACCCCUUGACUGCCGAGUCUCGCAAGCGCGCUGCCGCCGCCACGACCUCCAAGACUGUGCCCUCAAAGGCGAAGCGCAUACGCAAGGCCCGCAUGCCAAAGGAUUUUGACCCGAACAAGAAGAUGGACGCUGAGCGUUGGCUGCCGAUGCGGGAUCGUAGCUACUACCGACCUCGAGGGAAGAAGGGCAAGAAGCGUGCCGAUGGCUUAACGCAGGGCGGCGCUGUCAGCGAGGAGAAGGGCAGUCCGGCGCCGCAGGUGCAGAAGGCUGGAGGUGGUGGAGGCGGAGCUAACAAGAAGAAGAAGAACAAAGGCAAGAAGUGA